AUGGAAACAGAACAUUCCGGUGCAUCCUCGAUAGAUUUCGAGGCCGGUGAAGCGAAGACAAAUACUACCACAAAGGAUGAGGAAAACGGGGUAAAUGGUGUGGUGAGCAAGGAUCGUGAUGACACCGUGGAGGAUUCACUGACGUGUGGAUGGUUCAACAUACGCCCGUCUUGGUUACAGCGAUUCAACAAGGCGCCAUGGUUGGCGUCAGCAAUCAGUGCACUUAUGUUCGUCCAGGGUCUAACAGUGAAUGGAUUCGUUUACAUCAAUCUCUCCACGAUAGAGACGCGAUUCGGAUUUCCUAGCGUAGCGACGGGGUUACUAGUGAGUACGUACGACCUCACUGUAGUAAUGCUUAUUACGUUUGUGUCUUACUUCGGAGCAACUCGAAAUAAAGCCCGGAUGUUGGGAAUAGGAGCGGUCAUCAUGGGAUGCGGCUCUCUGUUGUGGGCAGUGCCACAUUUCACCACGGGACUCUACGAAUACGACACGGCAUAUGAAGACAAGACAACCCUGUGUUACCCCCAAGCAAAUUCGUCUAUCUCCACAGAUUGUGAUGACGGUUGGCAUUCGUUGUCGUAUUAUUUCAUUGUGUUUGUAUUCGCCCAAAUUCUUCACGGAAUCGGAGCGUCGCCGAUCUACACUGUCGGGUACGCCUACUGUGACGAAAAUGUGAGCCAUAGGAAAUCGUCGUGGUAUACCGGCAUAUUGAGUGCGUUCUCCAUCUUUGGGCCCACUACUGGUUUCCUGUUAGGUGCUAUAUUUCUCAGCAUAUGGACGGAUGUUAUGUAUGCAGAUGAAGUAACUAUAACGCCUGACGACCCAUCGUGGGUUGGAGCAUGGUGGAUUGUAUUUCUCAUUGGGUGGGUUUUAUCGUGGAUCAUAGCGGUACCGAUGGCGGCAUUUCCACCUAUUCUACCAGGUAACAUAUCUGCAGUGUAUAUCACCAGGGGCGGUAGCAGUAUGAAUACGAACACCCCUGAACCAGUUAACUUAACCCACCCGUGUAAUGAUCACUGUAACUGUGCUGGAACGGAGACUUACUCACCUGUGUGUGGCAGUAAUGGACUUGUUUAUUUUGACGCGUGCUAUGCUGGGUGCCUGGAAACAGACGCUGAAGAAAAA